AUGGCUGACGCAUUAGACUGUAGCGGCGAUGCCGUUGCUCUCAACAACCGAGGGCUCCGAAUUGGCUCCAUCUUCAUCAUCAUGGCAUCUUCGCUUUUCGGCGCCGUUGCCCCCAUCGUCCUUGCCCGGCAGAGCAAGAUCCCCGUACCAAAGUUCACCUUCUUCAUCUGCAAGUUCAUCGGUACCGGCGUCAUCAUUGCGACGGCGUUCAUGCACCUGCUGGUCCCCGCCAUCGAGAACCUCACCGAUGAGUGUUUGGCGGAUCGGAUGGGCGGAUACGACUGGGCUGAGGCCAUCGCCCUCAUGACCGUCAUCGUCAUGUUCUUUGUCGAGAUGUUGGCCAGCAGGAUGAUGGACGAUGGCGCUGAGCACGGUCACAGCCACGGUCACAGCCACGGCGAUAUCGACACCGAACUGGACCCUGCCAUGGAUUUCAUCGCGGCCAAGAAGCCGGAGAAGGCUCUCACCAGCGAAGAGCUUUCCCAGAACACCGACGUGGAGCGAGAGGCCCGACCCAGCGAAGCCGGUUAUGCGCCCGGCGGAGAAUCCCACCUUGCCCACCAGCGCGAGCAUAAGGAGGGUGACUCCAGUAGCCUCGGUGGCCAGCUUCUCGCCAUCUUCAUCCUCGAAUUCGGCGUCGUGUUCCACAGUGUGUUCAUCGGCCUCACCCUUGGUACGACUGACGACCUUGUCGUCCUCCUGAUCGUCCUGGUGUUCCACCAAAUGUUCGAGGGCCUGGGUCUGGGGUCUCGUCUGGCCGUUGCUCCCUGGCCUAAAAACAGGCGAUGGGUGCCCUUCGUCCUCGCUGGCAUCUAUGCCUUGUCCACCCCCAUUGGUAUCGCUGCCGGUAUUGGUGCCAAACCCAACAACGCCAACACCCAGAAGCUCGUCAACGGUAUUUUCGACGCUAUCAGCGCCGGUAUCCUGCUGUACACCGGCCUCGUUGAGCUCCUCGCCCACGAGUUCAUGUUCAACCCGUACAUGCGCCGUGCGCCUCUUAAGAUUCUUCUGCUCGCCUUUGCGUGUGUGGCAUUUGGCGUUGCUGUCAUGGCCAUCUUGGCCAAGUGGGCUUAA